CCCCCACCCCCCGCCACGCGUUCCUCCCCGCCAUUUGGACGCGAAACUCUGCCACUAAUGGGACGCCCGCCGUGAAUCCCAUCCGUGGCAGAGGCCCCUCCCCCACCUGAAAGCCCGAACAGGUUGCCUCUGUAACCUGGCCUGGGGGGCCUCGCCCUGCAAGCCAUGGGGCGUGUCUCCAUGCUGACAGGGAGCCGGCGAGGGCCCGCACCUCCGUCCCCUUCAGUGACUCAUCUUGCAAAGAGACAAGCUCUGAAUGAAAAGCCUGAGGGCCGUGGUCGGAGUGGGCCCUCCUCUGAUAGACGAUCUGCGCAGGAUGCUCUCAUGCCUGCUGUGCUGCCUGACUCCGGGAGGAUGGACGGUGUGUCGUUAGGUCUGGUGGCCUCGCCGGCCUCGCCGGCCUCGCCGCGUCCCAACGGCGCCGCCGACUCAGAGGAGGACCAGGCCGACGGAGGGAUUCACACCUUCAGCCAGACGCACACCAGGAGGGCCUUCCAGCUGAUGAACGAGCUGAGGAGCAAAAAGCUGCUGUGUGACGUCCAGCUGGUGGCGGGCAGCGUUGAAGUGCCAGCUCACAGGGUGGUCCUGGCGUCCUGCAGCCCCUACUUCUGUGCCAUGUUCACAGGCGACAUGAGCGAGAGCAAGGCCCAGCGGGUGGAGAUCAGAGAGGUGGACGGCCAGACUCUGAGGAAACUGGUGGACUACAUCUACACCGCUGAGAUCGAGGUGACAGAGGACAACGUCCAGGUUCUGCUGCCGGCAGCCAGUCUCCUGCAGCUGAUGGACGUCCGUCAGGUGUGCUGUGAGUUCCUGCAGUCUCAGCUUCAUCCCACCAACUGUCUGGGCAUCAGAGCCUUCGCUGACCUGCACACCUGCACGCAGCUCCUCAGCCAGGCCCACGCAUACGCUGAGCAGCAUUUCUCUGAGGUGGUGCAGGGGGACGAGUUCCUGAGUCUGUCUCUGCAGCAAGUGUCCAGCCUGAUAUCCAGCGACCAGCUCACUGUCUCCACUGAGGAAAAGGUGUUCGAGGCCAUGAUCUCCUGGAUCAAGUACGAUAAAGGAAGCCGCCUGGAGCACAUGCCCAGACUGAUGGAGCACGUCAGACUGCCUCUGCUGUCCAGGGAUUACCUCGUAAAGAUCGUUGAGGAAGAAGCUUUGAUCAAGAACAACAACACCUGCAAAGACUUCCUGAUUGAAGCCAUGAAGUAUCACCUGCUGCCAGCGGACCAGCGCCACCUCAUCAAAACGGACCGAACUCGACCUCGGACCCCCGUCGGCAUCCCCAAGGUGAUGAUCGUGGUGGGGGGUCAGGCCCCCAAAGCCAUCCGCGGCGUGGAAUGCUACGACCUGCAGGAAGACCGCUGGUACCGGGUCUCGGACCUGCCGUCCCGGCGCUGCCGGGCAGGUGUGGUCGCCAUGGCGGGCCGGGUGUACGCGGUCGGCGGCUUCAACAGCUCGCUGCGGGAGCGCACCGUGGACGUGUACGACGGAGCGAGGGACCAGUGGAGCGCGGCGGCGAGCAUGCAGGAGAGACGCAGCACGCUGGGAGCCGCCGUGUUGGGAGACCUGCUGUACGCCGUGGGAGGCUUCAAUGGAAGCAUAGGUCUGGCCACGGUGGAGGUUUACAGCGACAGAACCAACGAGUGGAGCUACGUGGCGUCCAUGAACAGCCGGCGCAGCAGCGUGGGGGUGGGCGUGGUGGACGGGAAGCUGUACGCCGUGGGAGGCUACGACGGCGCGUCACGCCAGUGUCUCAGCACCGUGGAGGAAUACGACCCGGCCUCGGAUCAGUGGUGCUACGUGGCCGACAUGAGCACACGCAGGAGUGGAGCAGGUGUGGGCGUCCUGGGCGGCCUGCUGUACGCGGCAGGAGGACACGACGGCCCUCUGGUCAGGAAGAGCGUGGAGGUGUACGACCCCCAGAGCAACACCUGGAGGCUGGUCAGCGACAUGAACAUGUGCCGAAGAAACGCAGGUGUCUGUGCCAUAAGCGGGCUGCUGUAUGUGAUCGGAGGAGACGACGGCUCCUGCAACCUGUCCUCUGUGGAGUUUUACAACCCGCUGACCGACAAGUGGAGUCUGGUUCCGACCAACAUGAGCAACGGCCGCAGCUACGCAGGAGUUGCAGUGAUCGAUAAGCCGCUAUGACCCGGGCCCACUCCCAGAACCCAAACCAGCAGAACCAUCAUCCCUGAAAGGCCAGAACCCAGGAGUCCAGUUCAGACCGGCUGCUGGUCCGACCCGUUCCAUUGGAGUUCAGGGAAGAAGCCCCACCCACAGAACCGGUCCAAACACCAACUGGACCGGCAGCUGGAUCCGCUGUCAGGAUCACCUUCCGCACACUUGCACUAAACCGAGGCGCCGCUUCAGAUCCACACCGGUUCUGUUCGUGUUCUGGUCCGGACUUCUGAUCAGCAGACAAACCGGCACCAAGAAGCUAGCUGGAGCGGUUCUGGUUCUGGUUCUGGUUCUUCAGGACGGUCUGCUCAGGAGUCAGAAGGAAUCCGUGUCUGACUGCUGCGGUGGUCAGAACCAGCUGGUUCUGGAGCCGGACCCAAACCCAGAACCCAGAACGCUGCAAUGUAAAGAAUGUAAAAAGUAAAGCAGAAAAAUGUUUAUUUGCUGUUUUUGGAAGAUUUUUUUUACCUUCGUCGUCUUUUGGCUGUGAGAACUACUGAUGUUCUGGUUCUGAGCACCAGACCCGUUUCAGACCUGGUGCUGGAGACGGUGAGCGUUGGGGAACCGGCCCAAAUGCAACCCUAUCAGGUCCAGAACUUUAUUUAUUGACUUGAGCAACAGGAGCGCAGCGUGUCGACCCGGUCGUGUUCUGUCACCUCGCUGCAGAACCUCAGAGAAAAAGGCCAGAACUCUGUUUACUGGACCGGACUUGGUUCUGAAAAGCACAAAGUUAUAGUUUUCUAUGUCGUGUCGGCCUCCUGUGACCAAACGUUUAGCCUGGUUCUGGUUCUGGUUCUGGUUGGUCCUCAUGGUGCCAUUACUCAGCAGAAUACCUGCAGCGGUCUUCUUCAGGUGCCUGGGAGAAGCUCCGCCUCCAGCGGCUCACCUGGCAGAACCGAGGAGCUGCAGGCCGUGUGGAACGUUUUCAGUUUCACGUCAAACUUUAGCAGAAAAAUGCUGAAUAUGCAGAAAAGUUUACAGCAAAAUAACGACUUCAGCCACAUGGAGGAUUUUCUAACAUCCAGCGCCAUGGAAACCAGUUAAAAGAUGUUUAAAAUCAAUUUGUGACAAACACUAAAUGGACUCUGAUGUAUAUUAUAUGUGAUUGUUAAAGUGACCAGAUGCAGUUGCUAUAUUUUUAAUAUAAACGAUGAAUUUUGUGGA